AAUGAUCACCUUGUUCCGUCCUCGGGGGGUCUCCAGAACCAUCCUGUUGCUUCUUUUUCAUUGCCUUCUUCCUGGAUUUCGCGACCCGGUCCUGGCCGACAUCCCCGAAACGCUCUGCCCUGACAAUGGUUCACAUGCCACCAACAGUGCAUAUCAGGACAACCUCAAUGAGCUCACUUCUUCGAUGCAAACGAAUGCUUCUUUCUCCAAGUUCUUCGAGGACUCGUCCGGGAACUACCCGAAUAAAGUUUACGGUCGGUACAUGUGCCUCGACUAUGUCUCCCACUCAACAUGCCGGACUUGCAUAGCCAAGGGAUGGGAAGACCUCCUGAAGCUUUGUCCAAACAAGACGGAAGCGGUCGUUUGGGAGGAAUCUUGCCAGUUGCGGAUAUCUGGCCAAGAAUUUUUCGGCCGCCUGACCGAAGGAAACAAAAAUCAGUUCAAUCCAGAGAAUAUAUCCGAUCCCGGCAAGUUCGGGUUGGUGGUGAAUGAAACUUUAAGUUUUCUCGCCCGGGAAGCUGCUCUCGAUUCUCCAGGGACUCACUAUGCUACUAAGGAAAAGAAUUUCGAGCUGGGCACGAACAUGACUUUAUAUGCUCUUGCUCAGUGCGCUGACUUAACAGCAGAUGAUUGUCGCAAGUGCCUCCAAGAAGCAAUAAGAAAUGUAAGAGAUUGCUGCUAUUUUUCCAAAGGAGCAAGAGUUCUAAGUCCGAGUUGCUACUUGCGAUACGAGUUAUAUGGAUUCAUGGGGCCGGUGGAGAUGUCCGGUAAAGCCGACCAAAAAAAGAAGUCUGGGAAACAGUGGCUGAUCGAAGUUCUUGCAAUUUUAUCGCUCUGCUUGGCGGCAAUCAGUUUGUGCUCCUGGCUUUUCUUCGUCAUCGUCAAAAGGAAGAAAGACCUCGCAGAUAGACAGGGUCGACCUCUGCUUACCAGUGACUCUGCUCACGGUAUUCUUCCCUUCCGAUUCACCCGGGGAAAUACUCUGACUGAAAUUCAAGAUCAUCCGUAUUUUGACAUGAGAUGCAUUCUUGCGGCCACCGACAACUUCUCAGAGACACUAAAACUAGGACAAGGUGGAUUCGGUCCAGUUUACAAGGGUAUUCUAUCGGAUGGGAGAGUAGUUGCGGUGAAGAGGCUAGAGAGCUGGUCAGAGAAGGGUUCCGAAGAAUUCAGAAAUGAAGUCCUGCUCAUAAUGAAACUUCAACAUAAGAAUCUGGUCAGGCUUCUGGGAUUUUGCGCAGAGCGAGAGGAGAAGUUGCUUGUCUAUGAGUACAUGCCAAAUAGAAGCCUUGAUGUCUUUCUCUUCGAUGCUCAGAGAAGGAUCGAGCUGAGUUGGAGCAGACGUCUGAACAUUAUCAUCGGUAUUGCUCGAGGUAUGCUCUAUCUUCACGAGGAUUCUCGUCAAAGAAUCAUCUUCAGAGACCUCAAAGCAAGCAAUGUGCUGUUGGAUCGCUUCAUGAACCCAAAAAUCUCGGACUUUGGACUGGCAAGGAUCUUUGCAGGAACAGAAAAUGAAGCAAAUACUGCCACUUUAGUUGGAACCUACGGUUACAUGGCGCCGGAGUAUGCGAUGGAGGGUUUGUAUUCCAUAAAAUCGGAUGUCUACAGCUUUGGAGUUCUCUUGCUUGAGAUAAUAACAGGGGAGAGAAAUGCCGGCUUUUGGCAGUCGAGACGUGCCCCGAGUCUCCUAGCCUAUGCAUGGCAACUAUGGAAUGAAGGAAGAGCAAUGGAGUUGAUGGAUCCAUUGCUGCACAACAAAUGUUGUCCUGAAGAAUUGAUGAAAUGUGUCCAUGUCGGACUUUUGUGCGUUCAAGAAGACGCGUUCGACAGGCCGACCAUGUCGGCUGUCAAUGUGAUGCUCAAAAGGGAUGCUGUCAUUCUCCGUCAACCUCUCAAACCCGCCUUCUCGGCCGGCAGAUUCACUCAUCAGUCCAAAGGAGGUGUUGACGAUGAUGACUGUUCCGUUAAUGGCUUGACGGUUUCCACUGUGGCGCCUCGGUGAGAAAAGUCUGCCCUAGGAGAUAAACACGGUUCUCCGCACAAGUAUACUGCUUGGACAAGGUAACGCGUGCGCUAGUUAUUCACUAGAGAACCGAUUCUCAACCAUAAGCAGUCUAAUUAUGUGUGAUGUCCAUCUCGGCACAAAAGAGUACAGUGUAUGUCCUACUGAAGAUCAUCUCAUUGCACUCUGAGUUCUCUCUGAACUAUGUCCAGUCUUUGUACAGUCUUUCUAUUCUACCUAUCUGUUAAGUCAAUAUCUGUAUUAGGAUAUAUAGUCGUUCUGUCGUUCGUUACAUACGUAAAUCAACGACAUU